CAUUAUCCUCGACGACCAUCUCAUCCCCGUGCUAGACCGCCGACAUAGACUCAGCUCCUAUUCGACGCCAUGGGUAACUCUCAAUCCACAAACUCGACCGUAGCUCCCGUCGAACAGGUCAUCAGGCCUCAAGAGCCGUCGACCUCGGUCCAGUUCGCUCCUUCUCUCCUUACCCAACUCACCUCUUCAUCCUCCGAGUCCUCCUCUUCCUCUUCUAACCACCACGACCCCGUCAUCCUCUCCCGUCUACAAGCCGAAGUCCAAAAACUCCGUUCAGAAGAAGCCCAGAUCCUCUCAUCCAUCUCUUCCGCCUUGGAAAAAGAGAACCUGGACAAGUCCACUGGGAAAGAUGGAGAGGCGAAGAGCUUGAAUUCGGUGGUGUUGAGCCGGGACUUGGAGGUCGUCAGGGAAAAGGUCGAGAGGAUGAUGGGCAAGCGGGCGGGUGCGCUGGGACAAAAGGGGGAGAGCUCGGAGGUCGAGGAAGGGAGGAAAGGGUUGGUUCAGUGUUAUUUGAACAACCCCACCCAACCGCUCGACUGUUACAAACAAGUAGACAGUUUCAAGAACAUCGUCGGCAAGUUGGAGAAGGAAUUCGUUGCCUCGCUCAGCUAGACAUGACUUGAAUCCGGAACCGGAUCUACAGACGAGUCGGAGGUGAUAAGGUGUAGCAACGUAAGAUUUGUAGUGAAGGGGCAAGUCGUGGAACAUAUAAAUGAGAAUCUCGGGGAUUGA